AUGUUGCUCUCCAUAAACAUUUUCAAGAAUUUCCCAUUGUUAAUAAAAGAGAUGGAAAAGAAAGAUCUAAAUAAUAUGUUAACAUCAAAAGUCUUUGUAUUCAAUUUAGGUAUGUUAUAUGAUGUAUUAAAUGAAUUAUCUGAUUUGUCAUUACAACUACAAAAAAGAGAUUUAGGUUUGGCAAAAGCUCAUAAUAAGAUCGACCGGGGCGCGGAGCGAAGUGGACUUUCAGAGGGACGUUCGUCCAUUAAUUGCGGUGCGGUGCGAUCUAUAUACAUGUAUAAUCAGUUUUAUCAACUUUUAUCAACUUUUAUCACUUUCAUCAGGUAA